AAUCCGUCUCAGAUUCUUUGUGUAAAUUGUUAACACCCAUCCCAUUCAUGGUUGCAACGUUGCUCGCUUCCCUGAGCCCAUAAAUUCAACAUUCUUUCAUUACGCUCUCUCAGCUUUUGCUCUUGUAUCCCACCAGCUCCAAAAAAAUCUCCCUGUACUAAGUACUAAUUCAAGCCCCUUUCACGAUGUUCACUUCCAAGACCCUUGUUUCUCUCGCUCUCCUUGUUUCCCGCCUUGCGUUUGUUCAAGCCGGUGUCUAUGUAACGAGCCCGGUACAAUCAACUGUUUGCCAAGCAGGUCAGCCCUGCAGCGUAGAGUGGGUUGACGAUGGUCAGAGCCCUCUCCUGAGCGACAUUGGAGAAUGCACUGUUGGCUUGUACAACGGCGAGAUGGUCCUGACGCAGUCGCUUCCCUCCGUCAACGUUGCCAGCGCGCAUUCCUUCACAUUCACUCCCAGCCCAUCCACUAGCGACGAUGGCAGCUAUUACCUGGUGUUCACUUCAACCAGCGACGGUUACCAGAGCUGGUCCGGUACUUUUAGCGUCGGCGGUUCGACUGGAAGUUCUACCACUGACACCACUUCAACAACAUCUGGAUCUUCGACACUUGGAGGUAGUUCUAGCUCUAGCACACAAACUUCGCCCUCCGUUGCAAGCACCCUUUCCGUGCCCUCUACUGUUUCUUCUGGUACAAGCACCCACAGUACCACUGCCACCAGCGCUGCUACUAGCGCGACCCCGUCGGCAACCCAAUCCGGCGCUGCCACUCGCGCUGGUGCUUCAACCUCAUUGGCCGGUGGUCUUAUUCUCGCUUUAGCUGGUGCUCUAGUAUUCUGAAGUGUUGGUAGUUUAGAGGGUUAGAGGACUGUGAUCGUGAUACCUUCAUUUUCUCUUUGAAUACCCUUUCAGAGACGUUUUGCCGAUGGCGAUGCAUGACACUUUAUUGUAUUAUUCUUGACAGUUUUCACGUGUUUGUUUGUUGAUAUCAUAGCGAUUAAUUGAUCGACGUCAAUCUUACGAAUGA